AUGCGAGUUGCCGAUGCAAAGGCUGAGACGGCAACGGAGCAUAGUACCCCUGUCUUGAUCACGCAAUUGAAAAGCUUGGAGAAGAAUGGAACUGAGGUGUACACACAAUACAUAUUCAAAUUCUUUCAGGAUGAAAUACAGCGUGCAUCUGCAUUGAUUGUGGCACGUCGUGUUGAUGAGAUGGAGCGUCGGUUGUACUUCAUUGAGAUGUACUCGCAUCCAGAAUCCAAUUGGACGGUCGAGUAUUAUCCAAUUGAUAGCAGAAUCAAUUGUAGUUGUUUGAUGUUUGAGUCUUUUGGUCUACCUUGUUGCCAUAUGAUUGUGGUCAUGAAAUAUGAACACCUACCGACCAUUCCCCCUAGUUUAGUCAUGCAAAGAUGGACAAGGCGUGGUCAACCUCUGACCCAACAACCAAAUGUUUGCCAAAUUUCUCGCAAUAUGUCCCACAUGGCUAGGUAUGGGAUAUUGAGUUCGGGUUACAAAUUGAUGUCAUUCUAUGCGUCGCAUGCCCAGGACUCAUUUGAAGAUGCUAGGCAAGUGGAACACGAAAUGACAUCUUGGAUAAGGAAGCGUUGGGAGAUGGGAAAGAAUAAGGAGUGCAACACAGAGAUUGGUAAAUCAAGUGAUGGCCAAAUUUUGUUUGGUGUGGGCGAUCCACCUGUGGUCAAGACCAAAGGCAACCCUGGGAAGAAGUCUAGUGCCCAACAUUCUCGGAAUCCCAGGAAAUGUAGCCACUGCAAGUGCCGAGGUCACGAUAAGCGGACAUGUCCAAAGUUGUCAUCAAAGCAUCCAAUUGACGACCUUCCUAUUUAG